UUAAGAAAAUGCCGCGUUAUUGGUGUAUGGGUUAGGGUCCUGACCCUAAACUUUGAUCUUUAGCAAUUAAAAAGAUGUUUAUGUGUGGAAGAAAGGGCGAGCUGAGAACUGUGGGAGGAGCUGUGGGCUGAGGGAGUCUUUCGGUCCAGCGUUGGAGUUCCAAAGCUGCCAUCUUCCUGGAGGGCGUCUAUGUGUUGCCAUGGAAACCAAAGAUACAGUUACCUCGGUCUUUCGUCAGAGAAAUCAUAAGCAGGGCAAGUCGGGGGCAACUGUUUAGCGGCCUCUGCCCUGGAUUCAGAAAUAUGGGGUUCUUACCCAGCUCCUCCGAGGUUUCAUACACCUCUUUGUGGACCCAGCAGGAGCUCUGGCUGGUAGUGCAAAAGAGACCUCGUGCAAAAGGGACCAGGACCUAGUUGGCUUUUCUCGAGUUCAGACACGUGGUCUCAGGCUCAGACUGCACUUUAUACAGACUCGGGCAUUUGCAGACAGCCCAGGCCUUCGCAGAUCAAUUCUGCGAAGCUCCUGUGCAGAUUGGCCUGAACCUGCACAGCCCAGGGGAGAGAAGUGGAGAGCUGAUGUUGGCUCCAUGGGAAAAGCCUGCGGCGAGAGGGCUACACGGUGCAGGUGAACGUGAACGACUAUCUGGAUAUUUACUGUCCGCACUACAACAGCUCCGGGCCCGGCGGCGGGGCGGAGCAGUACGUGCUCUACAUGGUGAACCUGAGCGGCUACCGCACCUGCAACGCCAGCCAAGGCUCCAAGCGCUGGGAAUGUAACCGGCAGCACGCCUCGCACAGCCCCAUCAAGUUCUCCGAGAAGUUCCAGCGCUACAGCGCCUUCUCGCUGGGAUAUGAAUUCCAUGCCGGCCAAGAAUACUACUACAUCUCCACGCCCACUCACAACCUGCACUGGAAGUGUCUGAGGAUGAAGGUGUUCGUCUGCUGCGCCUCCACAUCGCACUCCGGGGAGAAGCCGGUCCCCACUCUCCCCCAGUUCACCAUGGGCCCCAAUGUGAAGAUCAACGUGUUGGAAGACUUUGAGGGCGAGAGUCCCCAGGUGCCCAAGCUUGAGAAGAGCAUCAGCGGGACCAGCCCCAAGCGGGAACACCUGCCUCUGGCCGUGGGCAUCGCCUUCUUCCUUAUGACACUCUUGGCCUCCUAGCUCUGCCCCUUCCUAUGGCAGAGAGAGGUGGGGCGGGGCUGAAAAGGAGCAGGGAGUCAGCUGUGGGGCCUACGUCCUUCUUCCCGUGGUUGGGAGUGGGGUCUGCACUGUACAUCAUCUAUCUAUCUGUGCCUGCCGCUUUUCCCACUCUCUCUAGGACAGGCACUGUAGUGGAUCAGGCACAGGGACAGCCACAGGUCCCAGGCGGCCUGUGGCUUCGGUAAUGUUUGGUACCAAACCUGGGAGCUUUAAAAGGCAGUGCUCAGGACUCCCUGCCCCCUGGUACCUUUCCCCGACCCUUGGUGCCCCUCCCUCUUUGUCCCCCAAGAGGCACAUAUGCCCCAGAGAGAACAAACGAAGCCUGGGAGGUGCCCCCUGUCACUCUCCUCCGGGGGCAGAACAUGGGGAGGGGACUAGAUGGGCGAGGGGCGGAGCCUCAGGCUCUCUCUUCCCCUGUUUACAGCAAUAAGCAUGUCCUCCCCCCCCCCACUCCCACACAGAGGACUGUGGUUUGGAUUGAAUCCAAGUUUACAAAUAGACACCCCUGGGGGGAGCAGGCAGUGGACAGGGGUGGGCAUUGGGGUGCCAGACAGGCAUGUACAGACACUAUAUCUCUAUAUAUAAUGUACAGACGGACAGAGUCCCUUCCCUUCCUUAACCUUGACCUUUCUUGACUCCUCCUUCCAGAUUCAGACCCCUCCCCACCAGGUUAGGCCCCCCUCGGGACCCCCCUGGCCCCUCUUUUGUCUUCUGUGAAGACAGGACCUAUGCAACGCACAGACACUUUUGGAGACCGUAACAACAAUGCCCCCUCCCUUCCCGCUCUGAGCUGGGAACCAACUCCUGGGACCUUGCCCUGCCCACCCUGUGGUCCCCACCCAUCCCGGGCCUUUUUCAAGUGCUUUGCUGUGACUUUCAUACUCUGCUCUUAGUCUAAAAAAAUAAA